UUCUUCAUAGUUAUCAUCGGUUGGUGCUUUAGUUAUCUACUCGCAUCAAUCUAUUCCAUCGUCUCUGUUUUUCCUUUUUUCUCUUCUUCCUCCGAAAUUUCUUCUGCUUUGAGAUUUAUUUUUCUAGGGUUUGUGUUGUUUGGAGAGAGAGAAUGAAGGACAACAUGAGGAACCCAUUUCAUCUGAAAUCCUUGAAUCACAUCUCACUUUUGUGCAGAUCAGUUGAGGAAUCCAUUGAUUUCUACCAGAAUGUUCUUGGGUUUGUUCCAAUUCGAAGGCCUGGAUCCUUUGAUUUUGAUGGGGCAUGGUUGUUCGGGUAUGGAAUUGGAAUCCAUCUAUUGCAAUCGGAGGAUCCGGAAAAGAUGCCCAAGAAACACGAAAUCAACCCCAAAGACAACCAUAUCUCUUUCCAGUGUGAGAGCAUGGGUGCGGUGGAGAAGAAGCUGAAGGAGAUGGGGAUUAAUCAUGUGCGGGCGAUGGUAGAGGAAGGUGGGAUUCAUGUGGAACAGCUAUUCUUCCAUGACCCAGAUGGGUUCAUGAUCGAGAUAUGUGAUUGUGAUAAUCUGCCUGUGAUACCAAUAGUUGGAGAGGUGGCAAGAUCAUGUUCAAUGGUGAAUUUGGAGUUAUUGCAGCAGCGGCAGAAGAUACCACUUGUCGGUCCAUCAUCUCUGAGAAGAAAUUAGACCACGACUCGCUUUCUCUCUCUGUGUUACACGUGCGUACUAUUUGUAAUAAGACAAAUUCGCUUGUAUCAAAUUAAGGAAAUUAUUAUUUAUCUUAUAUUAUCAUCAAGAAGAAGCCUAGAUAUUCAUGAUUCUUAGUAA